AUGAGUGGUCAUGGAAGAAAUUCCUCUGUUCAUAUUGAAGAAGAGCUGGCACAGAUCAGAAGAUACGAAGACUUUUCUACGACUGAUUGGGUUAGAGACGCCAUCCUUGAAAGAUACAGACAAUCCUCUGUGCAAAACUUGAAUGUCAACGACAAUUCAUGGCGUGCCUGGUGGCAUUUGACAUUUGAAUCUACGGAAUCUUGGAUUGUUGUAUUGCUCGUUGGUGCGGCUAUUGGACUCAUGUCAGCACUGAUUGCCAUCGUAACAGACUGGUUGUCUGACAUAAAAUUGGGCUAUUGUUCAAGUGCUUGGUGGCUGAAUCAAAAGUUUUGCUGUUGGGAAAUGGAGGACGGAAGUGGCUCUUGCAACGAUUGGACCACAUGGAGUGAGUUUGUACAUUUAGGGCCUGAUGUCUAUAUCAUCAAAUGGUUGUUUUAUGUGAUGUGGGCAACCUUGUUUGCCACAACCUGUGCUUAUCUGGUCAAGAGAUAUGCACCCUAUGCUGCUGGAUCCGGUAUUUCAGAAAUCAAGUGUAUCAUUGCUGGAUUUGUGAUGAAGGGAUUCUUAGGCGGAUGGACAUUAGUGAUGAAGAGUAUCGGCUUGACAAUGGCUGUGGCUUCGAAUUUGUCUAUUGGUAAAGAGGGCCCUUCAGUGCACAUGGCAUGCUGUGUAGGAAAUGUGAUUUCUCGUUGCUUCAAAAAAUUCAAGACGAGUAAAGCUGAAAUGAGAGAGAUACUUACAGCAUCCAGUGCUGCAGGCGUUGCAGUUGCAUUUGGCUCGCCCAUUGGAGGUGUGCUAUUUGCAUUGGAAGAAAUGAGCACGCAUUUUCCCAACAGAACCAUGUGGAAGAGUUUCUUUUGUGCCAUGAUUGCCACUAUUGUACUCCAGGCGAUGAAUCCCUUUAGAACGGGUAAAUUAGUCAUGUUUCAAGUGAGUUAUGACAGAGAUUGGCAUUUCUUUGAGUAUCUAUUUGUGUUGGUGAUUGGAUUAUUUGGUGGUUUGUACGGUGCGCUGGUUAUCAAGUACAAUCUGAUUGUCGCUCAAUUCAGAAAGAAUGUACUCAAAAACUAUCCCAUUGCAGAGGCUGCUGUGCUCGCAUUUGUAACAGCUAUUCUUGCUUAUCCCAAUGUCUUUUUGAGGAUUGACAUGACUGAGAUUAUGGGCAUCUUGUUUAGAGAAUGCGAAGGUGCAGGAACCGAAAAUUACUAUGGUCUAUGCGACAAAAGCGAAACUGGCCGUAUGGUUCUGUUGCUUUUCGUAGCCACUGCUCUUCGCUGUUUUGGCACCAUCAUGACCUACGGCGCUCGCGUUCCUUGCGGUAUUUUUGUCCCUUCCAUGGCCAUUGGUGCAACUUUUGGAAGAAUGAUUGGUUUGCUGGUGAAAUCUUGGCAAGAAUCUGAUCCAGAAUUCUUUCUAUUUACGUCCUGUCGACCUGAUAUGCCGUGUAUUACUCCAGGAACAUAUGCUUUUCUCGGUGCAGCAGCUGCAUUAUGUGGUGUCAUGAGAAUCACCGUGUCUGUUGUGGUAAUUAUGUUUGAGCUGACUGGUCAGAUCACGUAUAUUUUGCCUACUAUGAUUACUUUGAUGAUUACUCGUGCAGUCGGCGGAUGGUUUGGAUCUGGUGGCAUUGCUGACCGUUAUAUUCGACUGAAUGGAUAUCCCAUUUUGGAAAAUGAUGAAAAGGUGUUCAACGUGCCAGUGUCGCAUGUCAUGCAGGAAAACAUGACAGUGAUGACGGCUGCUGGUAUGACAUUCAGGGAUAUAGAGAGUAUUUUGGAGAAUACAAACUUUCAAGGAUUUCCAGUGGUCGAUGAUUCUCGGUCCAUGAUACUCAUUGGUUACAUUGGUCGAUCUGAACUGAGAUAUCUGAUCGAAAAAGCAAAAGUCAACAAAAAGGCCCACGAUGACACUAUUUGUCGAUUUACACCUGACGGAGAUGAGCCAGAAAUCCUCACUAACCUUGGUCUGGAUGAAGGAGACCAUAUAAAUGAUACCAACAGAGAUCUACGAGGUUCUUCAGAAGUACUGGACUUUGGCUCCUACAUGGAUCAAACACCAAUUACAGUGCAUCCAAAGCUGUACCUGGAAACUGUGAUGGACAUGUUCAGACAACUGGGCCCUCGUGUUGUUCUACUGGAAGAGCGAGGCAGACUGAGAGGUUUAGUGACAGUGAAGGAUGUGCUCAAAUACGAAGCACGCAUUGAUAGCUCAGAAGCAACGUCCAACAUUCAAUACACAAGAGAAUGCGGCGGCGUGUUUGACAAAUUUUCCUCUUGGCUCUCUCGAAGAGAUCUGUCCAGACGACCAGCACAGCAAGAGUAUACGCAACUACAAAAUAGAAGUUCACUAGAGGUGAAUGAAUCUCAUGAGCUUGAUGGUAGACUUUAA